AUGUACCAUGUCAAAAGUUAUCCCUACCCCGUCCCUGGCAAUCUCGACUUGAACAUCGCCGACGAAGACGAAUUCUCGCCCGACAAGCUCCGCGCCACCAUCGAACGCCUGUACAUGACGGUCGGCCUGGGUAUGAUGGGCUUCAUCAAGCAGGUCGGCCGUCUCAGAUCAUGGCGUGAACGCAAUCGCACUGCCUAUUUCUGCGCCGCAUACUUUGUCGCAUGGCUGCUCGACAUGCUUGUCCCACUGUUUACCGUCACGCUGGUCGUCCUGAUCGUCUAUCCGCCCUCACGCGACGUCAUGUUCNCUCCCGCUCCUCUGGCUCUCGUCGACGCGNCUAAGACUGGCGGCGUGCAAAAGCCAAAGGCCGGCGUGCUAGGCAGCACAGACACAGCUACAGGAGCUCCAGAACAGCACAAGGGCGAGGCCGCCGAAGCAGAGGCGAGCAACUUUGUCAACAGCAUCGCCUCGGUCGCUCUUGCAAGCGCCAGCGGCAAACAUCCCCAGACCGAGCCCCCACCAGGACAGGGAGGCAUCGCCGACAGCAUCCCUGACCCCACCGCAGUUGCCAUGAGCGCCAGCUCUGCAAAGACGUCUGCUGAAGGAAAAGUGACGGCACCCACACACGACAAGACAAAGGUGCCCAUGGAGAAUGCCAUGUGGAGCAAGAUGAGGCCUAUCAUGCAUGGUCUCGCCGACGUGGCCGACACGUGGGAGCGUUUUGCAAAUGCCCUGUCUCCCACUCCACCUNUUCCUCGUGACCUGUACCGCUUGCGUCUGGCCGCCGUCGUCGUACCUCNNAUCGCCGUGUCUCUGCUGACCUCAGCCUACAUGUUCACCAAGGGUGUCACUUUCGGUGUCGGCUUCGGCUUCUUCGGCGAUCCCGUCAUCCAGCCCGGUCUACGAUGGCUCAACCGUACCUUCCCUCACUGGCAAAAGUUGCUCGAAAUCCGAAACACUCUGCUCAAGGGUGUUCCUACCAACGCCCAGCUCACCAUUACUCUUCUUCGAAUUGGCGAAGCAAACAAGGCUCCUCUUCCGCCUCCGCCUAGCAGCAAAGAGCCUCCACCGGACGUUCCAGUCGAAAUCACAGAUGAACAUUUGCGUGCGACUGGCGCCGACUGGCCUCUGAAUGCCACUCAGGAGGAAUUGGAUGCAGCCAUGGCUCACGACCCCACAACUGCUCACGAGACUGCCGGUGCUGAUAUUGACCACAGCAAAGACAGCAAGCACGGCAAGAAGGGUCACAAGCUCGUCUCAUUCUUCAAGAGCACCGUCAAAGGUACUGUCGAGACUGCUCUUGGCGCCGACAAGCUCAAAGCAAAGGCAGGAAGCGAGCCGUCCAAGCAACGUCUCGGUGCUAUCCCCAAGUCAAAAGACUACAAUGUUGACGGCCCUGUCGACUUUGCUUGCCGUUUCCACGGAAAGAAAGGCCACACUGUCAUUUCUACCAGGACAGCCAUCCCUGCUGUCUCUUUCACUCUGGACAAGAAGGUCGCCGAAAUCGGGUCUCUUGGUCGUGAGGAAGAGCUGCAUCCCGUCUGGACCGUCCCCAUAGCUGAUAUCAAAGAGUUGAAGAAGGUUGGCGGACUGGGAUGGAAGGCGAAGCUGGUGGUAGGCUGGGCACUCGAUCGCGAAGUUGCUGAUGGUAUGGAGAUUGUGAGCAAGACUGGUGAAGUGUUCACCAUCACUGCCAUGCCCCUCAGGGACGAGUUGUUCAACCGGCUUGUUGCCAUGGGCGGUCAGAAGUGGGAAGCUUGGUGA